AUGAAUUUUUCAGGAUUUAUAUUUGAUUCUCACGGCAAUGUUGUUACAUACAUUGAUGGAGCUUGUCCGUUUAAUGGCUAUCCGCAUGCUAAGGGAGGGAUAGGUGUAUGGUUCGGCGACGAUCAUCCCUUAAACGUGAGCGAGCCAUUGGAUCGCGAAGGAUUUCCUCCCACCAACCAGGUGGCGGAAAUUAAAGCAGCAAUCAGAGCUUGUCAAAUCUUAAAAGAUUUUGGCGUUAGACGGGUGUCAUUUUACACAGAUUCGCAGUAUCUAAUUGAUUCGAUGACCAACUGGAUCAACAAAUGGAUGAAAAACGGCUGGUUAAAAUCUGACGGAACACCGCUAAAGCAUAAGCAUUAUUACCAGGAGCUGCUUAAUUUAAUAGAUAAUUUUAAAGUUUACUGGGUACACGUUCCAUCGGCGGAGAACAAAGCCGACCGUUUGGCAAAGAAAGGCGCCGAAAAAUAUUGA